UUCAGCACAGCGCGCAUCCCUCCCUCCCUCCGCUGCGCUCCUGAUCCUCUUAUCCACUGAAGAAGAGGAUAAAGAUGGAUGUAGUCAACCAGUUGGUCGCCACUGGGCAGUUCACUGUCAUCAAACAGCCUUUGGGAUUCAUUAAGAUCCUACAAUGGUUUUUUGCCAUCUUUGCGUUCUCAACCUGCGGCUCUUACUCCGGAGUCUUCCGCAUGAGUGUAGAGUGUAAGAACCGUUCAGAAAGUGACCUGGAUAUUGAUGUUGAGUUCGAAUACCCAUUCAGACUCCAUCAAGUGUGGUUCGAUGCGCCCACAUGUAAAGGUCCUGAGCGGAUUCGGCUGUUCCUCGAAGGUGACUACUCUUCCUCGGCUGAGUUCUUCGUCACUGUUGGUGUUUUCUCCUUCCUCUACUCUAUGGGAGCUCUGGCCAUCUAUAUCUUCCGCCUUGAGAAAUACCGCGAGGGAAACCGUGGUGCACAGAUCGAUUUUGUGAUCACGGCUAUUUUCACCUUCUUUUGGUUGGUAAGCUCAUCAGCAUGGGCUAAAGGCCUCUCGGAUGUUAAGGAAGCCACCGACCCUGAUGAGGUCAUCAAGUUCAUACCAGCCUGUCGGCAUGAGGAGAACAAAUGCAAAGAAGUGCACGAACCCAUUGUGUCUGGCCUAAACACCUCUGUGGCGUUUGGGUUCUGUAACCUGGUGCUAUGGGCAGGGAACCUCUGGUUUGUGUUUAAAGAGACUGGUUGGCUUGGUGCUGUUGCUGGCACCUAUGUGCCCUCUGGAGCGAAACAGCCAGCACCAGACUCCUAUGGCCAGGCGGGUUAUGGUCAGGACCCUUACGCUGGCUCUCAGGGUGGGUAUCAACCAGACUACGGGCAACAAGCAGGAGGAUACGAGGGAGGAAGCUACAACCAGGGGGGAUAUGAUCAGGGUGGACCGACCUCCUUCUCUAAUGAAAUAUGAAUAAAUUCACAUAGCUCAGCAGCUCCGUGCAGAGCUAAGGAGAGGACGGUUACAUAACCUAGGAAAAAGGAGCCUGCAUAUUACCCAUGAUCCCACACUCCUCUGUUACCCUGUAUGAAAAACUUGCAUACAGCCUGAGGGAGGGAGGGAGGGAGGGCUGAGGGAAAGGGAAGGGAAGGGUACAUGUAGGGAUUAGGGACAGGGAUGUUAAUCAUAUCCAGUGAGAAAUGUGCUUGUCUAGGGGGGAAAAAACGAAGGCUGUAAACUAAACACAGUUUUUUUUUUCUUGUUUCGAAUUUUUUGAACGUGUCAUUUUGGGAAUGUCUAUUUUAUUAAAGACUUGAGUACUCUACCAAAAGAUCUAUUAUAAUACAUGCAUUAUAUGUGUAAAUGGAAUUGACAUAGGUUGGAAUGGAUUAUAGAAUUUUUUAAAGUACCCCUGAACUUUUAAUGUUAAAACAUUCAAAAUACCAUAUAGUAUAAUAAGUUGUUUAACAUGUGUCAUUAAAUUCCCAUAGAAGAACUGAAUGGCAAUGGAACAUCUCAAAGGCAAAUCUCAAAAGAUAUGCAUGCUAGAAACAAUCCUGCGUCCUUUUGCCAUUGUAUAUGGCUAGCUAGCUAGUUAUCCUCUACUAAACUAGCUUGCAUGUGUCAUAGUUGGACAUUAGGGACUUGAGUAUCCAAGGUCCAGUAUACAAUGUCGUAUUACUAACAGCCAAAAUUGUGUACAUGCUCUUUUAACGCUAACAUUAGUUGAGUAGAGUUUAAUUAAUAACUAGCUAGCUUAGCAUGUAGGCUAAAAUCUACCACCAUUUGAAUGCAUUGCCUAUCAUUGAUCCAACUUCAAAAUAUUUAACAUAUUUCAUUUAAAUUCAUUUCAUUUUCCAACAACUUAUCUAUCUUAUCGUAAACAUAAUCCUCCAUGAUGUUCACGGUAGAGUUCAGGGAUAUUUUAAACCUCAGUGUAUUUAAGUGUGUUGUGUAAAUAUUUAUGAUGAUAUACAGUACAUAUAUUUAAACAGAUCUAUAUGGUGAAUAAAUGCUCAGAUGAGUUGUUAUAGUGCGACAACAGAAGGAUUGGGUUGUGUCCAUGUGUCCUUUUAGAAGCACAAUAGUACAUCUAUUUUUGAUUUUCUUACCCUAAGUUUUAAUAAACUGGUCUCUGUGUUAUGUUUCAGAACGAAAUUAUUUAAAAAAGAAAAAUAGUGCUAAGUGCAGAUGAAUAUGUGUUUUUUGUUCUUUUUUUAUUUUAAUUUCUAAAAGAUCUCUAGAAAUGCAAAGGAAGAAAUGAAAACGAUUAGGCAACUUAAUAAAUCUUGAAUAAGAGAGAUAUUGAGUAAAAGAGAGUAUUGAUAUUAAGGAGAAGUUCCACAGGAGGAAAGAGAGAGACAAGAGCAAACCCCCAAGCUUAACUUCUAAACAGAUUCAACAUUUAUACAGACGCUUUGACCUUCUAUAAUGUACAGUAUAGUUACACUGUAGUUUGUGAUAGUUUAUAAAGUAAAUAUUGGGAGAUGUGAACUUGUAGUGUUGAGGAAAAAAAUCUGUUAAUCUGUUGAGAAGGUAAAUCCUUUCAAAACUGUAAGGUCCAUGAAAUCUGAUAACCUUCCAUCCUUCUGUACUCCACCACUCGAGAAAAAAAAAAGCAAUAAUCCCCUGAUGAUAUCUAAAACCCAAAGUUUUGCACUUAUUUAAUUAGGCUUUUAAUAUACUGUAAUUAGCUCUCUCUAAUGGCCGUCUAAUAAACUCUAAUUUGUCUCACUUAAAGGAUUUAUGUGCAAGCAUUGAAAUGCUGAUCCAUUAAACAAGCGACAAUUAAGUGAGUAUUAAAUAAAUGUUAGAGAAAGACAUUUGCAUGGGACUCCUUAUGGUGCUUCUGAGCAAUGUGAAGAACUCGUUCAUACGUUCACGAUGUGUUCAGGUUUUAUUUUCAAGUCUGUCUUAAAUCAAAAUUGAGGGGCAUAAAACAUGAACUUGUCCUACGGCUAGAUCCUGUAAAAGAAAAGAGUUCACUUUGUACUUAAUAGACUGUAAGAUACUAAGCUUUGUAUGGGUCUCAGCUGAACUUUGGAAUGCAUUUACAGUAUGCACAGGCAAUGGUUGUGGAAUUUGACCCUGAUUAAUUUGUACUUGCUUUCCAGGUGACAAACCUCACUGUCGGUGUGCAGAGCAGAAACGUUUAUAACGACCAAAACCUACUGUAAAGUACAUACUUAUAUGCACCUCAACUUUAAUUUAGGACAAAACCUGAACUAUCACUUUGAGAGUGCUUUUAAGUUGAAACAGGCGUUUAUCAGUCUGGAUCUGGUUUUUCCUCUAUAUUCCUUCCUCCCUCCUUUCUCUCUCUCACCCUGUGUAUCUUCUUCAUGUUUAAUAAAGUGUUGUCAGUAGUAGCU